AAGAGUUAGUGAAUAUUCACUAAUGUUAAGAAGGAAUUAGUGAAUAUUCACUAAUAUCAGUAUAAAUUGGAUUCCACUGAUAUGACACAUGUGUUUAUGGUGUAUCUUUGACUGUAAUUAAGAGACAUAAUAUUAGGCUUGAUUAGUGUCCUCAUUACCUGUAAAUCCUCCAUAGAAUCUUCCCUAUGGGAAUGUGUAUUUAUACCACUAUUGUGGUCCUUAUUGAAUAUCAGAAAAUUUACUUACACAAUUGUGUUAUUUGAUAUGGUGUCAGAGCCACCUUCAAUCUCCUCUUCUUUAUCCUAGGAAUUGAAGUUUGGUCCUGUAUUCACAAUUUUUUUUUUUCUAUUCAUACCAUUCUGCUGCGAAGUUUUUUUUUUUAGUGUCUUUACCACUAUGAUUGAAGCAAGUGGUGAUUCUAUAAAGAAGAACGAAUCUACUACUAUAUCAGCUGGGUUCCAUAUCCAGGAAACUUCUUCUCGAAUCACUCCGGAACCACUUGAUGGUACCAAUUAUGUUGAGUGGUCUUUGAAUGCUCAAAACAAGAUCUGUGGGAGAAAACGUUGGGGUUUUAUUUCAGGUACUAAGGCUGCUCCAAAGGACGUUCAGACGGAGGAAUAUGAGGCAUGGGAGGAUGAAAACUGCUUGAUCAAAUCUUGGCUUUUUGAUGCAAUGACAAAGGACAUCCGAUCUCUCUUUCUUCGAUUGGCUACAGCAAAGGAAAUAUGGGAGGCAGUUAAACAGACAUAUUCCGUCAGCCAAGAUGCAUCAAAAGCCUAUCAGUUACACUGUGAGGUAAUCUCUGUUCGUCAAAAUGGAGGUUUUGUUAUUUCUUUUUUUGGAAAACUACAAAAACUAUGACAGGAGUUUGAUGCUAUUGAGCCUUGUACCAUGGAAUGUACCCGUGAUAUUGAGCGAUAUACUACAAUGGUUACCUCCCAACGGUUAUAUGUUUUUCUGGCUGGUCUCGAUUCUCAUUUGGAUGGUGUUCGUGGUCGGAUUCUUGCUACUGCAGCUCUUCCAAAUCUGCAGGCUGCAUAUGCCAUUGUUUGCGCUGAGGCAAAUCGCCAAGAUGCUAUGCUCAAUGUAACACCAAGUGAUGGGGUUGUUAUGUCUGUUCGAAAAUCUGUCUCUCAUGACUCAAAAAAGGGUGUUCGUAAGCGUACUCAUUGUAAUGGUGAUAAUCAUGUUAUAGAGACCUGCUUCAAGUUACAUGGUAACCCUGAAUGGCAUCCAAAGGGUAAGACAUCAUCUCCAGUGGCUCCUAACCCCAAGGCUGAAAGUUCGACUUCUAAGAGCAACUUAGCCACUACUUCCGGAUUCGUUGCCAAGUCAGAACAUCCAUACCAAGGAGAGGAUUGGCAGUGGUAAAGAGAGAGGAGGUUUGUACUAUCUGGACGACGGAUUACAACGAUCAGAUGGCGCACUAGUUCAUGCUAUGGGCGACACCAUGUUGAAAAAUAAGAGAGAGAUUUGGAUGUGGCAUAGACGACUAGGUCAUCCCUCAUUUGGUUAUCUAAGGCAACUAUUUCCAUCUUUGUUUAAUGGUUGUCAUCUUUCAGAGUUUGCUUGUGAAACCUGUGUAAUGGCGAAAAGCCAUCGUACUGUUUUUUAUUCACAUGAUAAUAAAGCUGAAACUCCUUUUGCCUUGGUUCAUUCGGAUGUUUGGGGUCCAGCUCCUCUUUCUACACAUAAUGGGCUGAAGUGGUUCAUUACAUUUAUUGAUGAUUAUACCAGAAUGACAUGGAUUUAUUUAAUGAGACGAAAGAGUGAUGUAUGUGCUGUGUUUCCCUCCUUCCAUCAGACGGUACUCACCCAAUUUGGUGUGUCUAUUAAAGUUCUUCGUUCCAACAAUGGGAGUGAAU